AUGUCACAGGACCAACUGUACCAACAAAUGUCUGAUCUGUCGUUGGAUCAGCAGCCUCAACUACCGUCAAAGAGUGGCAGGAAACACAAGAGACCUGCCAGAGCAUACCACGAUGUUAAUGGCGAUAAUUUUAACAGUGGAAUGCAAGCCCAAGGAAAUGAUCAACAAUUUAUGAGCCAAGGUCAACCUAACAUAAACAUGAAUACACCCCAAUUUAACAAUGCUGCUCAAUUUGGUGGGGCUGGACCUGCGCAUGGUCAAAUAUUUACCUCACAACAGGUGAAUUCACCGAUGUCUAACAACGGUGCUUCUAAUGGAAAUAUACAAAAUCAAAUGACAGGGGCUAACCAAUUUGGGAACAAUAUCUCUUCAAACAACGUAAGCGACGCUCAAGGUACUUCUUCUCAUUAUGUUCCUAUUCAGAGAUGGGAAGACCAAAUAAAUAUCUUGAAUAAAACAUUCCAAACUGUGAAUGACUCUGUGGCACCAUUACCAACAACUAGUUUUUACAGCGUCGAUCAGGGAUCAUGUAAUCCAAGAACGAUGAGUUUGUCGAUGUUAAAUAUUCCUGAAAAUGAACAGUUGAGACAUGCAACCAAGUUACCAUUAGGUAUGACUAUACAGCCAUUUGCUGAAUUGGUAACCGUAGAUGGUUCUGAAAUUCCCAUUAUCAGUUCUGUAGAUGCGGAAAAUAACGUGAAAGCUCCAGUUCGUUGCCAACGUUGCCGUUCUUAUAUUAAUCCUGGUUAUAAAUUAUCAUACGAUUCAACAUUCUUAUGUAACAUUUGUAAUGUUAAAUCAAGAAUGCCAAUGGAUAUACUUCCGGGUAUAGAUAAUGGUGGAAACGCAACCACCUUAGAAGGGAGACUAGAGAUGAAUCAUGGUACAGUGGAUUUUCUUGCACCUUCCGAAUACAAUGCUAUUCAAGCUAAAGAACCUCUGCCAUUACAUUAUAUUUUUGUCAUUGACGUGACAUCAAUGGCCAUUGGAAAUGGCAGUGCAAUGGCAGUUAUUGAAGCCGUUAAACAAUCAAUAGAAUAUAUUAUUGAUUAUCAACCAAAAUGUAAGGUUGCUAUUAUGACAUUCGACAACAAAUUGAAAUUUUAUAACUUGAGACCAGAUUUAGAUGCUGCACAGGAAUAUAUUGUUGCAGAAUUAUCUGAUGUGUUUAUUCCAUUCUAUAAUGGCCUGUUUGCCGAUCCUGCGGAAUCUAUAAAUGUAAUUACUGACACCUUAAGGAAAAUUGAAAAUUUUAUUAGAAACGAUAUAGGUGGCCCUGUUCCAUAUAAUUGCUAUGGUUCUGCAAUUCAAGCUGCCCAACUUGCCUUAUCUGAAUUUACAGGCAACCAAGGUGGUAAGAUAAUCUGUUCUCUAAAUUCAUUACCAACAGUUGGCAAUGGUAACCUAAGUGUAAGAAAGGAUGACAAUCUGAAACAGAAUCUACAAUGUGACAACGACUUCUAUAGAAAAUUGUCUGAUGAAUUAUUAAAAUCUUACAUAUCUGUUGAUAUUUUCGUAACUUCUGACGCAUUUGUUGACAUGUUAACAGUCGUUACCCCAGUCGAAAUGACAGCAGGUACAUUAAAGUAUUAUCCAAAAUUUCAAAAGGAAAUGGAUGACCAUUUAAUUAUAAAUGACAUGGUGGAGAACAUUUCAAACAUUGUCGGUUAUCAGGCCUUACUGAAAGUCCGUUGUUCGACUGGUUUGACUGUUGAUCAGUACUACUUAAAAUCUGUAGACUACUCUGACCGUGAUCCAUUGAUCCCUGUUAUAACAAAGGAUACAGUUAUAGAUGUCCUAUUGAAAUAUACUGAUAAGCUUAAAGCAAAAGAAGAUGCUUACUUUCAAACAGCUAUCCUGUACACUGAUAUAAAUGGUAUAAGAAAAGUCCGUUCCAUCAAUUGUACCGGUGCGGUGUCUAAUAAUAUGGCGGAAGUAUUUAAAUUUAUGAAUCAAAAUUCCUUAAUGCGUAUUAUGAUAAAGGAUGUUAUUAGAACGAUUGGAAAUUGUGAUUUUAUUGGGAUUAGAAAGACCAUCGAACAAAAAGUUGCGGAGAUCUUAACUCAAUACACUGCACUUGUUGGUAGAAGAACAAAUUCUUUAAUUCUUCCAGACGCAAUAAAGACGUUACCUAUGUAUUUGUUAUCUUUUGAAAAAUCUGAUCUUAUGAAACCAAAUUUCCGUAGUACUCGUGGUAAUGAGAGAAUUUAUGAUCUAUUCCAAUAUGGAAUGCUUAAUAGUGCUAGAUUGUCAUACAAGUUAUAUCCUCAAUUUAUCCCAUUGCAUACACUAUUAGAAGAAAAUGAUUUAACUUUCUAUGAUGUACACAAUAAAAUGUUACAAAUUGAAUCAAAAUCUAUAAUGGAAUUAUCUGUAAGAAAUGGAUACAACCAACUUCUUAACGGUGGCUGUUAUCUGAUUUGUGAUGGUGAAAAAGUGUACUUGAUGUUCAAUAAGAACACUAAUAGAAUGCUAUUACAAGAUUUACUAGGAAUUGAUCCUACGAUUGCCCUUGGUGAUAUCACAUUAUAUGGUGGUAUUCUUCCUGAGAUUGAUACACAAAUCAAUGAGAAGGCAAGGAAUAUGGUACAAUACUGGUGUGAAAUUUGUAAUAAACAAUCUUUACCUAUAGUCUUAUUAAGAGCAGAGGUAGAUAAUUAUUAUCAAGAAGUAAUCAGCAGAAUUUUAUGCGAAGAUCAAACAAUUAACAAAAUUACGUCUUAUGAUUCAUACUUGAUUCAAUUACAUACUAUCAUUCAAGAAAAGAUAAAAAAAGAAGAUUACAUCAAAGUUUCAGGAAAUUCUAAAAACCAUGAAUUAUUCCACCAACAAUAUGUUCAAUUCUAA